AUGCAAUCACCUGUCGUCGUUCUCAAUGAUUCUCUCAAACGCGAAUCAGGAAACAAGGUGCAUCAUGCAAAUAUCCAAGCUUCAAAGGCAGUGGCUGACAUUGUUCGCACUACAUUGGGCCCAAGAUCUAUGUUAAAGAUGAUUCUUGAUGCUCUAGGAGGAAUUGCGGUCACUAAUGAUGGGAAUGCCAUCUUGCGGGAGUUGGAUAUUGCUCACCCAGCUGCAAAGUCCAUGAUAGAACUUAGCCGUACACAAGAUGAAGAAGUUGGUGAUGGAACUACAUCAGUCAUCAUUCUUGCUGGUGAGAUGCUUCAUGUUGCAGAAGCUUUCAUUGACAAGAACUAUCAUCCUACCGUCAUUUGCCAAGCUUAUAACAAGGCUCUUGAAGAUGCUCUUGCUGUGUUGGACAAGAUCUCUAUGUCUAUCAAUGUGAAUGAUCGUUCUAUGAUGUUGGGUACAGUGAAGAGUUGUCUCGGCACAAAAUUUACAAGCCAGUUUGGGGAUCUUAUAGCAGAUCUAGCACUUGAUGCAACGACAAUGGUUGGUGUCGAUGGAGGCAAGGGAUCACGAGAUGUGGAUAUUAAGAAAUACAUAAAGGUAGAGAAAGUCCCUGGGGGGCAGUUGGAAGAUUCACAAGUCCUCAAAGGUGUUAUGAUCAAUAAAGAUGUCAUCGCCCCUGGAAAAAUGAGAAGAAAAAUCGUAAACCCCCGGAUUGUUUUACUCGAUUGCCCUCUUGAGUAUAAAAAGGGAGAGAAUCAGACAAAUGCAGAGUUGGUUCGAGAAGAAGACUGGUUAGUACUCCUGAAAAUGGAAGAAGAGUACAUAGAAAAUCUGUGUGCACAAAUACUGAAGUUUAAGCCGGACUUGGUGAUCACAGAGAAAGGGCUUAGCGACUUGGCCUGCCACUAUUUAAGCAAAGGCGGAGUUAGUGCCAUCAGGCGAUUAAGGAAAACAGAUAACAACAGGAUCGCAAAGGCAUGUGGAGCUGUGAUCGUGAAUAGACCAGAUGAACUUCAAGAAUCGGACGUGGGAACCAAGGCUGGACUCUUUGAGGUGAAGAAAAUUGGUGAUGAGUUCUUUGCGUAUAUAGUUGAGUGUCAAGAUCCAAAAGCAUGCACUGUGCUUCUCCGAGGCCCUAGUAAGGACCUUUUAAAUGAAGUGGAACGGAAUUUGCAGGAUGCAAUGUCGGUGGCUAGGAACAUCUUAAAGCAUCCAAAACUUGUUCCGGGUGGUGGUGCCACUGAGUUGACUGUUUCUGCUACAUUGAAGCAGAAGAGCUCAUCCAUGGAAAGCAUUGAGAAGUGGCCUUAUGAAGCUGCUGCUGUUGCAUUUGAGGCCAUACCACGAACUUUGGCACAGAAUUGUGGCAUCAAUGUCAUCAGAACUAUGACUGCUCUUCAGGGCAAGCAUGCAAAAUGCGAUAAUGCAUGGAUCGGAAUCGAUGGGAAUUCAGGUGAAAUUGCAGAUAUGAAAGAACAAAAGAUAUGGGAUGCCUACAACGUGAAGGCACAGACCUUCAAGACGGCUAUUGAAGCUGCUUGUAUGCUUCUAAGGAUCGAUGAUAUUGUGAGUGGAAUCAAGAAAAGGCAAGCUCCCCAAGCUAACGAAUCAUCAAAACCCACGAUUGAGCGAGAAGGUGAUGCUGAUAAUGAGCGCAUGAUUCCCGAGUGAAGAUCGUAGAUCGUAUGCAAUUAAUAAGAAACAUUCAGCUUGUUAGAAGAGAGCCUCUUAUUGUUUUCUCCAUAGGUCGUCAGUCUCAGUCUUCUCAGGGUCACUGAACAUUAUCCUGACUCUUGUCUUUUGCAUCUUGGUGGGUUAAAAAAAAGAUAGCCUCUUAUCUUGUUAUGUGUUCAUUGUCAAGCUGCAAGCUAUGCAGACAUCCGAGCUAUGUGCCUAUA